UUUUUUUUUUUUUUUUUUUUUUAAGAAAAGUAAUUGCCAGAAACAUAAAAUAUGAAAGCGGAUUGAAGGUCCAUUCACAUCUAGAAUUUAGUUUUAGGUGGAAGUGGUCUGCCUCAGAAACCUCAGAGCCCUGUGACUUAGCUAAUAAUAUGUCAUUUCCCCCCUUGUUGAAGCAAGAAUUCACUUGUAAAGGUUUAAACUCUCCCUUACACAGGCCAGGACUAUGUGUGUGAGGUAUUUCUGUGUAAUGCUGUGUACAUAUUGUUGUAGACACUUGAAGGAAAGUGUCCGUGGAGUGAAGGAAAGGGGGGAAAAAAUGCUCAUUAAUAUAUUCAUCCACGUUUAGGAGUUUUUAUGUUGAUAAAAUGCUUAAAAUAAUAAAAAUGAAACACUCAACGUCCUGUGGUUUAUUUCGUGGAAGGAGCAGGUGGGUCUUAAAUUAAGACCACACGUCCCCUGAACACAUGGAGGCCUGGAGAAAGCUCUAAAGCCUGAAAGCCUCCUGAACCUACUAGACAAAGAGGAGCUGCGUAGAGUCCAGAGGGAACUCCAGCUGAGGAUCAGGAAGGGGAAGGACAGCUACAGGAGGAGACUGUUGGAGCAGAACAACACCAGGGACAUCUGGAGAGGACUGCAGACCAUCGCAGGCCAUGGAAAAGGAGUGGGGAGGAACCCAGUUGGAAUCUGUUCUUCAACAGAUUUGAUUCUGCCCCCCCUCCCUCUCUCACUCCCCCUGACCCCUAUCUCACUCCCCCUGACCCCUAUUCACACCUCCCCUGGCCGGCUCCCCCUCCCCCUGCCCCUCCACUCCUCAGCCUGACACCUUCAACACCUAAGGGUCAUGUUUUUUUACUUCUCCAGUGCUUUUAACACCAUCCAGCCUUCACUGCUCAGAGUGAAGAUGGAAAAGGUGGGAGUAGACCAACACCUGGCUGCGUGGACAACAGACUACCUCACCAACAGACCUCAGUUUGUGAAGCUCCAGCACUGUGUGUCUGACGUGGUGCUCUGCAGCACAGGUGCCCCUCAGGGUACGGUGCUCUCCCCCUUCCUCUUCACCCUCUACACCUCGGACUUCACCCACAACACCGCCCACUGCCACAUCCAGAAGUUCUCCGAUGACACAGCCGUCGUUGGAUGUGUUUCAGAGGGGGACGAUCUGGAAUACAGGACCAUCAUCAGGGACUUUGUCAGAUGGAGUGAGCUAAACCAGCUUCAGCUCAACACCAGCAAGACAAAGGAGAUGAUCGUAAACUUCCAGAGGAAAGCAUCCCACUUCACACCGGUGAACAUCAAGGGAUCCGACAUAGAGGUGGUGCAGAGCUACAGAUUCCUGGGUGUUCACCUCAACAAUAAACUGGACUGGACUGAUAACACCCAUGCUCUCUACAAGAGGGGCCAGAGUCGUCUCCACCUGCUGAGGGGGCUGAGGUCCUUCGGAGUAUGCAGGGCUCUCCUCAGGACUUUUAAUGACUCUGUGGUGGCCUCAGCCAUCCUUUAUGUUGUGGUCUGCUGGAGAGGAGGCAGCAUGGACAGGGACAGAAGCAGACUAAAUAGACUUAUUAGAAGAGCGAGCUCUGUCCUGGACUGUCCUCUGGACUCCAUAGAGGAAGUGGGUGAGAGGAGGAUGUUAGCCAAGCUGACAUCCAUCAUGGACAACCCCUCUCACCCCCUACAUGACACUGUGGGGUCUCUGAGCAGCUCCUUCAGCAGUAGACUGAUACACCCACGGUGGAAGAAGGAGAGGUUCUGCAGGUCCUUUAUCCCUGCUGCUGUGAGACUUUACAACACCUGUACCUGAUCAUGUUGUAGUCUCCUGUUCAUGUCCCAUUGCUAUUUUUUUGUUCUUCUUUGUUUUGUUUUGUUUUGUUUCACUUAUGUUCUACCUUAAUACUUGUUUUGCAAAUCUGCACAUUCUUAAAUCUGCACAUUCUUAAAUCUGCACAUUUUACUUUAGUACUUUUUGUAAAUAUGUACACUUGUGUUUCCCUCCUUGGUUUCUAUUUUUUCGCUGCUGUUAAC